AUGGACGGUGAUUCCACAGCCAAAGCCCUCGACGCGGGCGCCAAUUCGGUGGUUGAUAUUACGGAGAUGGGAAGUGAUGCUAUUCAUGAGAAGGGGCAUAUGAGGGCCCCAGCAGGCGAGAAAACAACAGGCACCGGAACCCCGGCGCUGAAUAAGGAUGGUGCGAUUGGCAGCAUGUUUAAGAAGGAGGGCGCGAUUGGGAGUGUGGGGGAGAAGGUUGGGGGGCCGUUGGCUAGUGAUGGGAUGAUUGGAAAGAAUUUCAAUCCUGAUGGAAAGGUUGGAGGUACUAUCCAGCAGACGCUGGGCAAGAAGGGGGAGUAA